AUGAUAACAAGAUCGCGUACGAAAGCGGCACAACAAAGCGCACGACCACCACCCCCGCCCGCGUCGUCCAGCUCCUCGCAUUCGUCGUCAGGCGACGAAUACGCUACUGCGCCUGACGCGAACAGCAGCGAGUCGAGCAGUGACGAGCGCGGGCCGUCGCCCUCGCCACCACCACCACCAGCGCGACGAGGAAGGCGACCGCUGCCGGCUCUUGAACCCACCAUCAUCGUGUCGGAGCAGCGAUUAUCGGAUCAGGUGCGCGUCAUUCAACGGCUAAAGCGGUUGGAUGACGCGACACUUGAUCGGCUUCGCCAGGAGGCUCUCUCUGCUCGCACGGCCUCCACCUCGGUGCGGAAUCUGCCUGCCACGUCGCCGGAUCCGGUGCCCGCACCCGACCUGGCACCGGGGGCACCGCCGGCUGAUUUCAGUACCGACGAGGGGGACGUUGCGAGUCAGAGCAGUGACCAAAGGAAGGUGUACCGGAAGUGGGAGGAAACCAACCCUCGUGCGUCCGACACGCAGCCGUCGGAUGCUACUGCCAUGACUGACUUCUGGCGUAGCAUCUGGUCGGUGCCUGUUAAGGGUCCGCACAGCGCGCGUCAGCGGCGCCUUCGCGAGCAGGUUGGGGCGCCCGCGCCGCUCGGCCAGCAGCCGCGGCCGGCGCCGCCGCUACACGUACCUGACCGGUCGGGCACGUACAGGCUCACACAGCUCAACACUUGA